ACCUGCUGCUGUCACCGCUGUCAUUAAUCGCCGCCGCGCUUCUGGUUGUUGUUCAAAAAGAGCGAAAAGAGUAUUCCCAAAAUAAUUACAAUCAUUAUUCUAGUUAUUUUAUGAAAUAAAGUGAAUUAUGGCUUCCAAAGAGAGCUGUCCAACCUUUACCAUUCCUUGUGCAUUCGGGAAGCAACACGGCAUUACGGCUUCCUGGUUCACGGAGGACAAAAUUUCCGUCACCGCCUACAGUAACCAGCUGCUCAAAUCCAUCGACAGACGUCCGCCGAACAGCCUCCCGGUCAAUGUGUACCAUUUGACCACGAACUUCAUACUGGACGAACCGAUCCUGCGAAGCUUGGUCACGGAAUGCAGUAACGUAUUCCUGAACCUGCAACUGGUCCGGAACAGUUCACCGGCAGCGGCCAUAGAUUUCCUCAAGAUUUCUCGCAGCUACCGCAGUGCCAUCCGGGCCUGUCUGGAGAAGCUCCAGGAUUUGAUUGCCAAUACGGACCUUCGGGAUGUGGAGCAGUACCGGAACUACGUGACCAUUUUCUACUCGGUGGAAUCCAUUUGGCACCUGGUGGAGAUUCUGAUCAUCGAUGCCAGCUCGGUCAAUGCCGUGGUUCCGAAUCUUCUGGAAUGGGUGCGGUUUCACUUUCCAACGGCGGAACGAUUGGCCACGGAACUGUUGCAGCAGGGACGGGAAGUCGAUUCCAGUGACGAUUACUGGCCCGUCUUGAAGGGAUUGAUCAUCCAAGGUCAGCUCAGUGUGGCCCGGGCGCUGUUGAAGCUGCACACCAACUCGGAGAGCGUGUGCUUUGAGGUGGCCGAACAGAUUCUCCAAACCAUGCCGGUGUAUAGCGUCUACGGAGGGUUGUCCAUUCAGAAGUUCAAGUCCCAGUGGCAGUACUGGUCGGCCAAUGCCAGGUCCAAGGUGGAUGCGGGAAUUCUUGCGGUGGAACCGGAACUGGAGGAAAUUAUCAAGCUUGUGAUUGGAGAUCGCCAAACCUGGACUGAGCAGUGCCGAUACGCAUCAUGUUGGUAUGAAUACUUUCCUGGAUAUCUCUUCUACACGGAAUCGACCUGCAAGUACUACGAGUUGGGGACGUUUGCCAACAAUUGGCUUUCCCAGUGGAUCAGCACCGGUGGAGCAAAUCCGUCCUAUAAGUAUCUAGACAAAAUUAUUCUCUCGGUCAUGGAGAACAACCUUCCGCAAGUAUUGCACAACAUUCAGAACAUCUGCGACAACAAGUGGUUCGUAACGCAUUUGGUGGAUUUGUUGUACCAUUGCGGUCAACUCACGCUGUCGACCGGAGGCAACGUCGAAGAGCAGGACACGGAGAAAAUGUUCCGAGAGUCGUUGCUGUACGAUUUCGGUUGUCUGCUCAUGUCUCGGAACUCGUCGCUCUGGGAAGCCGGGUUAGACUAUUUGGAAUUCUCUAGCACGGAAGGCUUGGGUGCACGGGAAGCUCUGCUGAGCAGAAUUCCCAUCAAAAAUGAGAAACAGGCAAUGAAGCUGAUCAACGUUGCCAAGAAGAAUGGUUUCACUUCCGUUGAAAGUGAAAUCUGUAAAGUCCUUGUCAAGCGCAACCUGACCAACAAACAGUACGGUAAUGCCCUCGAGUGGGCCAUUCGGUCCCGGGAUAGUUUCUACGUAACAGCGGUGGCAAAUAUAUUUUUGGAGCAUUACUGCAAUCAUGGUGAGAUUUUGUGCGAGGACGUGAUUGCCAACAUUGGAGCAAAGAUGUUCUGUUCACCGAGGCUGAUCUUCCUGGUCAAGUACUACGACUUCCGUCAGUUUUUCCUGGAACGGUCGUUUGCUCAGGCUGCGGAGUUGCUGGUCAAUCUGCUGGAUUCGAAGAUUACGCCGAGCUAUUUCUGGCCAUCGCUGCUGGCAGACACCAUUCCCCUGUUGGAGUUCAAGGAGCCCGUCAUCCCAACCAAGGAAACCUACACCAUCCUGCACCAUCUGGAGUGGGACCUGGUGCCAAUGAUAGAGAAGCGGAAAGAACAACUUCGGGGCACUCGAAAGGUGGCGGACACCGGAGAAGAUGAGGCUGAUAUCGACAGCCAAGCUCUGUUGCCCAAGUUCUCGUCGAAUUUGUUGAACAACUGUACGGAUGAUCUGGUUAAAAUGCUCCGCUUAGCUUGCGCCCGCAACUUAGCCAGGGCCUUCAUCAUCGAGAACACUGUUGCCGAUUGAGAUUUGGUGGAUGAGUGCUAGAUAAUAGAAUAAAAUGUUCAUUUCAUUUCGUA